AACCCUAACUCACCAUCUUCCCCUGCCCUACCUUUUCUCAAGACACAGAAUUAGAGAUUCACUAUGGGCAAGUACAUGAAGAAAUCGAAAAUCGCAGGUGAUGUUGCCGUCGUGAAGGUUCCGACUCAGUCCUCACUGGGCGUUCGCACCAGAGCCAAAACCCUUGCAUUACAGAGCCAUUGCAAGUCAUCUUCGUCUUCCUCACCCAUGGAUGCUGAUGGGUCUUCCUUUUCCUACCUCCAACUCCGAAGCCGGCGCCUCCGGAAGGUAAUGGUCGGCAGCAAGAAGCCACCGCCGUCACCGCCGAAGUCUCACGGCAACUGUUGCAGAGGAAGUCCUCACUCUGAUUGUCGUGGCAUGAUUGCGAAUUCGAAGGUGAGAGAAAGUUCGGUGAAACCAGUGUCGUUAAUUAAUGAGAAGGGGCAUUUUGUCGGGGAAAUUGCGAAGGGAACUGACGAUGAGGAAGAUGUUGAUAUGUGUGUUGAGAGUUCGUUCGGAGAAAAUGUCUCAGAUGUUGAAGAUAAAGACAGGAGUACAGGGGAUAGCCCUCCUUGUAGUUUAACAUGGGACUCUAAUACUAUGAGCACCCCUGCAUCAACCACAAAGCAAAUUGCAUGCGAACACGUGCCAAGGAAUAUUCCAACGGCUUACGAGAUGGAAGAGUUCUUUGCUUUUGCAGAGAAGCAGCAACACAGAAUCUUUAUGGAGAAGUAUAACUUUGACGUUGUGAAUGAUGUACCUCUCCCAGGUCGGUAUGAGUGGGUCCAAGUACUUCACUAGACCAAGCCUAUUGGGGCUUGCGUAGAGGGAAAAUUGCUCUAAGAAAUGGGAUUUGUAAAUUUUAGAUUGAAUAAUCUUAAAACUAUAAUCAUUAUUGAAAACUAAAAUUAUUAUUAAAUUUUGGGGAAGUUACUGCUAAAGUCAAUCAAAAUUAUAAUGUACAUAAGAUUGAAGGGUAACUUUCUUAAAAUUUGAUAAUGUUUUGAGUUUUUUCUAAAAGUAAUUAUAGUUUUCAAAAUCUUUUGAUUUAGAAUUUACAAAAUCUGCAUUGUCUUUGAUGUAAUUUUCCCAUCUAUGGAUUUCAAGAUGAGCUUAAAAGAUGUAACUUAGCAACAUGUAGGUUUACUUCUAAUUGCUAACCAACAAGAUAAUUGAAGGAAGCCCUACCUCAUCAGGAAAAAGGGAAGGAUCUGAUGUCCAUUGGGACUUGGAAUUUGUGGGGGUUUAUCUAGAUGUAGGCUUUUGUAGUUAAUGUAAUUUCUUUACUUGUUUGUUCAUAAUUAGGCGUAGGAAUGAACCUUCGUGAAGUAGAGGAUUCAAUGUCAAGAACUGCAAUCUUUGUGUGGGCUUUAACCUGGAAAUUUAGCAUUGCGUUUUCGUA